AAGCGGUGAACGCCAAUGCCGAUAUAUUUUUGAGGAUCUACUAGGCAAGAAAUUCCCACCAUGUAGGGCUAAGUUCUUAGAUGGGCUACACUUGGAUGGAUAUAAUGAGGAAUUGCAUCUUGCAUUCGAAUUCCAGGGUCCUCAACACUAUCACCACAAUAGCUUCUACCACCGGGAAAAUGAAAAUCUAAAAUCACAAAAUAUGCGCGAUCAGAAGAAGCGGGAUAUAUGCAAGAAUCAAGGAAUAUGCCUCAUCGAAGUUCCCUAUAUAGCUGAUCUCCUGUCCUAUAUCAGAUAUACUCUAAUCGAGAAAGGGUUCUUGAAAGAGGCGAAGAAUUAA